AUGGAGUGCCCUGUGUGCCAGAAGAUGCAGAACAAGGCUCAGCGGCAGCCGGCUCAGUUGAAAGCCCGAGCAGCAUGCUUGCCGGAUGGGCGCAAUUGUUGCAAGCAAUGUGACCAGGAUGGGGCCUGCAUCACCCGCCCGAUGCAGCAGCAAGUCAAGGCACUUUUGCAGUCCGUGUGCGAGCUCCGGAUUCGGAUGGAUGAUUUGGUGGCCGACCUCUCCGAGAUUCUGAUCCGGUUGCAUGGGCAAGGCACUGCUGUUUUGGAUGCGCAGCAUGACAAAUUCCAUAAAAAACGUGCGAAGCAGGGCAUCCGGGCGGUUGGCAACGACGUGCUCAAGUAUGGGAUGAUGCUGUUGGCGCCAAAGGGCUGUGGAGGAAACUGGAAUUACAAAAAAUGGGUCGGCUGGACGCUUGAUGGAGGCUGCACUCUACAAGUUUCUUCUUGUUAA